CACGCGUCAGAGGUCGAAGUUGAGAGGUGACGGAGGAGGGCUCGUGGUUGGAAGGUUCGCGGGAAACGUCUCAAAACAAACCGAUUCUGAUGGACACGCGAGCAGCUUCUCACCGAGUCAUAAAGAGUUAAUAAAACGUUAACGUCUUCUUUAUAACGUACGUCUAAUAACUCAACAUUCCGGUGAAACGGAAAGAGCCGGUAACGUUAGCUAGCUACUUUACGGAGCUCAGGUUAGCGCUGGUCGGUUAGCAGCUCACUCGGGCUUCAUACGAGAGGCAACGGACGUAACGGCUGACCGGUAACCGUUAACCGUGACGGACGGUGAAGCUAACGGACAGCAGGGUUGAAGACUCGGUGAGUGAAAUGGCAGAAAGACCAGAAGACCUGAACCUUCCCAACGCGGUCAUCACCCGCAUCAUCAAGGAGGCGCUCCCAGAUGGGGUGAAUGUGUCAAAAGAGGCAAGGAGAGCCAUAUCCCAAGCUGCCAGCGUGUUUGUGUUGUAUGCAACGUCCUGUGCAAACAACUUUGCCAUGAAAGCCAAAAGAAAAACUCUGAACGCAGGAGACGUCUUGGCUGCGAUGGAGGAAAUGGAGUUUGAACGAUUCCUGGAGCCUCUGAGAGAAGCUUUAGAAGUGUACAAGAAGGGCCAGAAGGGAAAGAAGGAGGUGUCGGAGCAGAAGCGCAAAGAUAAAGAGAAGAAGACCGACUCUGAGAACGAUAAGAGCAGGGAGGAGGAAGAGGAGGAGGAGGAACGCAUGGAGGAGGAGCCCGAAGCGGAGAACGAAGCGGAGGAGGAGGAGGUGGAGAACUGAGGACGUUCAAACCACUGAACGACGAGAUGCACUCCCGACACCUCCUCUGAGGUUAUCACCGUCUGGACCAGAAGAGUCAACACGAAUCGACGCUUCACGGUUUCAAAGCAGCAAACCUGUGAUGAGCUCAUAGGAGGUCAGGGUACGUUUUUGUAGAGUCCAGUUUUUUGUUUUUCUUUUGUUUUUUUCUGUCUUCCAACCAGACGCCCCACAACACAAAAAGCACAACGAAACCACGACGUCAGACUACAUCCCGAUCUUUGUCUCGGUCCGUUUUGUAUUUUCAUCAUUUUAUACAUCCACGUUUUGAUACAAACACUGUUUUUGUUUCCUCUGUAACUGGAUUUCUUGACAGUAAACUAUAGAUUCCGUGACAGAAAUACAAAGACGCUGAGAGCUGAAAGUGACUGAUUCUGGCUCUAAUCUGUCCUCAAUCAACCAAAAACACUGCUGGUAAAUAAACAGUUGACCGGUGUUGAACACGAGCACCGUCACAAUUAGCCUUUUUUUUUUAGAUCUCUUACUUUGACAAAUAUGUUUUUCUACAUUGAACAAAAGAAACCAAAGUUCUUAAAUGUUAAGCGUUGUCUUAACACAUGUAGCCGUAGAAGAACUUUGAACAAAACUGUCUUAAAAUUGGCAAUACUUUGAAGAAAGAUGAAAGAAUUUGACCAGAUGUUUGAUGCCCCAGGUUUGACUUUAAGGUGUUUUGGGGUUUUUUUUAUUUCUAUGCACUGACACACGACAUGUUUGACAAAAUACAAGAAAACCAAACUUGCAAAAUGUGAGAAAUAAUGUUGGAAUAAAGGCUGCAUUUGUCAGAAGAGAUAAAAAAAAAAAAAAUAAAAAAAAAAGUAGAUUACAGCUUUGUUUAUAAACUGCAUUACUUCAUAUCCAGUAAAAAGAUAGUCGGCCCUUUUGUUCCUUAUCUGCUGAGUUUCUGAACCAUUUAUACUUUUGUAGAAUUGUAUAUGACUGGCUGAGAUUUCCAAUAAAUAUUUUGUAUAAAAAGCAAAA